AUGAGUGGAGAGUGGCUAGAAUUCCGACAAAGAAGAAGACGACGACAAGACGACCAUCAUGCAACCAGGAACAUUGCAACACAAUUCUUUUUCCAGAACUUUCCUGAAGAUUGGGACGAGAAGGCACUGUGGCAAACAUUCCUAAGGUAUGGCACAAUAGUGGAUAUCUACAUCGCCAGGAAGAGGAACAUCCAGAAUAAGAGGUUUGGUUUCGCAAGAUUCAUUAGAAUAGAGAACAUCACAGACUUUGAAAGAAAAUUAAACGGAAUAUGGAUUGGACACCAUAAGCUAAGAGUCAAUAUAGCCAGAUUCCUACGGAAAAGUCCAUUCAGCCACUGCCCCCCAUCACUCCCAAACGACCGCCAUCACCUACACCCAAACGAUUGCCACCACCUACCACAUCAUACCUGCCAAACCAAGCACCCAUCCGUCUCCCACCAUCACCAACCACACCAACCCAACAAACAACACCUUAAGACAAGUCCCAAAAGCUAUGCAGAAGCGGUAAUAGGAGAUAAACCGCCAAAAUCAAACCCAAAUCCAAAACAGAUCAGGAUGACAUCCUAUGAGGAAACAAGAGAGUUCAUGAAACGUGCCUUAGUCAGGGAAGUGGAAAACUUCCAAGCAUUAAUGAAUGUGAGAGCUUUUACCGAAGUAAAAGAAUGCCCUACAAUAGUGAUGAGAUACUUGGGAGGAAUGAAGACGCUAGUGGAAUUCGAAAGUGAAGCCGUCAAAACCAAAUUCCUAAUAAGAGGAGGACAUAUAUGGAAACCAUGGUUCAAGACGAUGUACAACUGGAACCCAAAAGAAAAUUUCAACGAAAGAUUAUCUUCAAUAAUGAUUUUCGGAAUACCGCAACAUGCUUGGUGUGAAGAAGCAUUUUCAGCAAUUGCAAAGACUCGGGGCAAAGUAAUAAUACCGGAAGAAUGUGCAACCGAUAAUCCUAAUAUGGCGUUUGGAAGGGUGGGGAUACUAACCUCGCACCCAUAG